CACUAAACAUUCUUAUCAAGUCGAGCAAACGACCCAAUACCCUUGUUAUCGAUAAUCUAACCAAGAAAGGAAUUAUUUAACGUAAGGAAAAGAAAAGAGUGAAGAACAUUCUCGUCGGAUUCGAGUAGUUCGGUAAAUUUGGUGCACCACAAGGAGGCCGCGAAUACCACGAGUUCGCGCGAGUUUGUCAUCUAUCGCGCUUCUAGCCCGUGCCCAGUGGCCUUGAUAGAGAACAUCUGAUUCCCGAGACCCAGUGUACUUAAUUAAUAUAAAUCAUCGGGGCAUAUAUGAAAUAAUCCUCGGAGGCAUCUCAUUCGACUGGCUUAAUGGAGCUGACAAUAUUAGAUCGGCGCACCUUCGCGAACCCGCCGCCCUCGUAAUCGCCGUAGAUGCGGAAGGGAGGUCACUCUCCCUCGAGCCUACGUCGUCGCGCCUAACCCCGGUGUCCCGACAGUCGGUUAACCUUGAAUGCUCGCGAUCGCGAGUCGACGUCGAAGGUGACAGGGCGGCCCGCGAGGAGCUCUCUCAGGAUCGAUUCUCACAUCGCGGCGGCCGCGUGAGGUAUCAGCGGGGAGGUGGAGAGCUAACCUAAAAUGCGAGCACCCGUGAACGCCGACGUGACACUGCUGAUCGGCCUGCAGCUCCUCUCCUGGUGUUGCCGCGGGAUCCUUGCCAGCGGCGGAGCCCUCGACGUCACCGGCUUCCAGUCUGGCUCCUCCGGUGCCUCCAAAAUUCCUGCCUUCUCCUCCAGCCUCACCGAUGGCUUGGCUCAAGCGGUCGCGCACGAGGCUGGUACAGAAACUUGUAACGACGACUUAGCUUGCCUCACGAUGGCCUCCCAAGAUCGUCUCGGACUGGAAGCCAUUAAGUCACUCCAUAGUCAACUCGAUGACGAUGCUAAUGGAAACAUAGAUCUCUCGGAGUCUGAUGAUUUCUUACGAGAAGAAUUACAAUACGAGGCUGGCUACGAGAGGAGACAGCGAGCGUUCCAUCACAAUGACGAUAUGCACAUCAGCGUGCGAGAGCUGUGGGAAGCCUGGCUGCGCUCCGAGGUGCACAAUUGGACCAUUGAGCAAACAUCCGAAUGGCUGACCAGCAACGUCGAUCUGCCCCAAUAUGUUCCCACAUUCAUACAACAUCGGGUGACGGGUGCUACGCUCCCCAGGUUGGCAGUGAACAACAUGCAUUACUUAAGCAACGUGUUAGGAAUCAAGGACCCAAUCCACAAACAGAAGAUUGCCCUGAAGGCUAUGGACGUGGUAUUGUUCGGCCCUCCGAAAGACACGGGCCACAGUGUCAAGGACCUCGUACUGAUCACUCUGCUGUUCGGAGCCCUCAUUGGUUGCUGGUACGCCUACCAACAGAAGAAGAAUUCUCAAAAACACCUCCACAGGAUGAUGAAAGACAUGGAGAGCCUGCACAAGGCCGAGCUUGCCCUCGAGGAUCUGCAGAAAGAACUCGAGAGGGCCAGGAUGGAGCAGGAGAGUGCGGCUACGGAGAAGCAGAACCUGGAGAAACGGCUACAGGACGAGAGCUCAGGACUGCACACCUCCUACUCGGACCUCGAGGUCUCACAGUUGAAAGCAGAGAUAGAAAUGUUGAAGCUGGAGCUACAGCGCGCCGAGGGCGAACUGGAGGAUCGCUGUUGGUCUCCUCCGGUUGGAUUGCAGCAUUGGCUUCAGCUCACCCACGAGAUCGAGAACAAGGCGUACACGAAGAAGAAGAUCUCAGCGGAGAAGCAACUCCAGCAGGCGCGAGAAGCAUGUGAAAAAUUAAAGAAGAAGAGGUCCAGCCUAGUGGGUGCCUUUGUGUCGACUCAUGGCAAGUCAAUCGAUGAGGUCGACAGAAGCAUCGUCGAGGCCAGGACGGCGCUUAACGAAGUCACGGCCGAACUCCAGGAGCGAGUCCACCGUUGGAAGCAGAUCGAACUCCUCUGUGGGUUCAACAUCAUCAACAACAAUGGAUUGAAUUAUCUGGAGACCAUUCUAUAUAGAGGAGCGCCUAAUGGCAGGAACCUCGGGCUCAGAGGACGCAUGAGUAGCCAAGAUGAUUUAGACGACGAUGUAAGCUCACUUUACACCCCAUCCUCUUCCGGUGCCGCAGAUGGAAAUUCCGGCUUGAACGAUGCUCCCGAAUAGCGGUAAUACGCGCCACAGUAUUAAAUAGAAAUUGAGAGAAGGAGAAAAGAAACAGAGGAAGCCGGAGGGUCUGAAAAAGCGUUUCCUUUCGACCGUCUCCUUCCUGGAGGAUCGUUGAAAUACUCCUUACGAAGAGAGGAAGACCUGAAAGUGAAAGUGAAGUGUAGAACGUAAGGGCAGGAGUUUCGUCCGAAUAAUCCAAAAGGGGUUAGUUAAUUAAUCAGCGAGGUGCAAACAAUUAUUAUCUCGGUAUACUAGUAAGGAGGGAAUUUAUAUUAGUAUAUGCGACAGUGUAUCUUCACCGUAGAGGUGAACGGUGGUGAGUCCAUUUCAGGAAGUUUUGUCUAAGUUUUACAACGAGGCAAAAUCAAUGAAUAGAUAAAAGAAAUAACUAAUAUUGGAGGAAGUUGGACUUAAGACUGUUUACCUAUACGGGGUGGAUAUGUAAUACACGAUAAUGUAUAUAGACACUUAGAGGAAGUUGCGGAGAGACGUUUUGUAGGCAAUAAGUCUAUAUAGGUAGCCAGGUUUUCUGCGACAGGAUUCUCAAUGAUGUGACGCGAUAUGAGUUAACAAUCUCUCGAGGUAAUUGAGCGGGCGCAAGUAAUUGUACAGUGGCGGACAUGAAUGUCUUUCCUGCGGAUGUGGUGCAGGUGUAUGAUAAGAAGGCACUCGUACUCGGUUAUUCCCAUAAGUUCGCGGUAAAUUUGUGAAGGUUCGACAGGUUUUAUUUUCCCUACGAAACGAACCUUGCCAUCGGUUGACAAUGUAUCUUCCGACACUGUUGAUUCGUCACUUCUUGCCAAGUGGUCCAAGUAAAGAGUCUAAAUUGGAAUAAAAUUUAAAUUAAGAUUAGAUAAAAGAAAAUUAAAAUGUUAAUUGCAAGAAUGUAAUGUUAGAUUCUUAGAAAAAAAAAAAAAAAGAAGAAGAAGAAAGAAAAUUACUUAGGUCACUUUCAUGAUCAUCCGUACGAUUAUCUGUGAAGGGAAUUCUCUCUAAAAGGAAACACGACGCUGUGAGUUUCUCGCUCAAAAAUGUAUUUGGCUCGAAACUCUAUCGAGUUUCUUGGUUUGUCUGCGGAUGGAUGAAACGAUAUUCACCAGUGUACCCUGGGGGACAUGACUUCUCUUUGACGGUUUGGCGUUUUGACGGUACCAUAUCCGUAAAAAAGGAUUCAUACGAGCAGGGAACACGAAUUUGUGGUAUUCGAAGAGGGCACUGGUGGAUAUAAUUGCAGAGAAUUUAUGUGUAUACAUUCGCUAGUGCACACCUCGAGUAAUUAGAGUAGGUUCAAGAUGGACGAACGCCUCGAGAGGUCCACGUGAGGGAAUCACUUUAUAAUCGUGAUUAUGCGAUGAUAAAAAUCCUCGUGAGAAAGAAAGCAAUUUAUAAUCGUGAUUACUUGAUAACACAAAAAAUCCUCGCGAGAGAGAAACCAAUUUAUAAUCGUGAUUACUUGAUAAUUAAAAAAAUUCUUGCGAGGUAGGAAUCACUUUAUAAUCGUGAUUAUGCGAUGAUAAUAAAAAUCCUCACGAGGAAGGAAGGAAUUUAUAAUCGUGAUUACUCGGUAACAUAAAAAAUCCACGUGAGAAAGAAAGCAAUUUAUAAUCGUGAUUACUAGGUAAUUAAAAAAAUUCUUGCGAGGUAGGAAUCACUUUAUAAUCGUGAUUAUGCGAUGAUAAUAAAAAUCCUCGCGAGGAAGGAAGCACUUUAUAAUCGUGAUUACUCGAUAACAUAAAAAAUCCACGUGAGAAAGAAAGCAAUUUAUAAUCGUGAUUACUAGGUAAUUAAAAAAAUUCUUGCGAGGUAGGAAUCACUUUAUAAUCGUCAUUAUGCGAUGAUAAUAAAAAUCCUCGCGAGGAAGGAAGCAUUUUAUAAUCGCGAUUACUCGAUAAUAAAAAAAAAAGAAAUCCUUGGGAGAAAGCACCUUAUAAUCACGAUUAUGCGAUAGUAUGAAUAAAUUCUUGCGAGGAAGGAAUCAUUUUAUAAUUGUGAUUUGCGAUGAUAAUAAAAAUCCUCGUGAGCAAGAAAGCAAUUUAUAAUCGUGAUUACUCAAUAACACAAAAAAUCCUCGCGAAAGAGAAACCAAUUUAUAAUCGUGAUUACUCGAUAAUUAAAAAAAUUCUUGAGAGGAAGAAAUUACUUUAUAAUCGUGAUUACUCGAUAAUACAAAAAAUCCUCGCAAGGGAGAGAGCAAUUUAUGAUCGUGAUUACUCAAUAACACAUAAAAUCCUCCCGAGAGAGGAUGCAAUUUAUAAUCGUGAUUACUCGAUAAUUAAAAAAAAUUCUUGCGAGGAAGGAAUGACUUUAUAAUCGUGAUUAUGCGAUGAUAA